CAACAGCCGUGUUUUUAAUAAACCUAGCAUGCCGAGCGUAGAGAAACCCAAUUAUAAAAACUAAACAUUCUUGCUUGCUUGAGUAAUCUACGAAGAUGCUAUGAGCGAAGUAGCAAGUAGCCGUUCUCUGACGAUUCUAGACGGUACAGUGCAGUGACUGACUGAUCUUCUGUUGUGCCGUGCCCACGAGCGCGUCUGCCAUCAACAUUUACUGGGAGGCUCACAUGGUAGCCUUCUUAAUAAUGUUUGGACCUUGCCGGCUUCUUAUCUAUUUAUUAGUUUCAACUUUUUUUGUUAAUGGCCAGUAUAUAAAUUCCAGGCAGCAAAGAGUUAGGAAUUAUCCAGUUAAAGGCUAUGAAGCGAAGCAUCACCCGUGUGAGCAAAGUUCAUGUUACCCAGCUACUGGAAACUUGCUCAUAGGCAGAGAAGGUCAGCUAUAUUCUUCAUCAACAUGCGGUCUUCAUGGACAAGAGAGAUACUGCAUAGUAUCCCAUUUGGACGAAGAAAGAAAAAAAUGUUUCUGGUGUGAUUCAAGACCCACCAACAAACCCAAUCCACUUUAUAAUCACAAUAUCAGUAAUAUUGUUUAUAGAAUGUAUCCGGGAACUAGGCAAAAAUCUUGGUGGCAAUCAGAAAAUGGAAAAGAAAAAGUUUAUAUCCAGCUGGAUUUGGAGGCAGAAUUUCACUUUACUCACUUGAUAAUUACUUUUAAAACAUUCAGGCCUGCAGCUAUGCUGAUUGAAAGAUCCUAUGACUUUAAACAGACGUGGCAGGUCUACAGGUACUUCGCCAUCAACUGCACUGAAAGCUUCCCUAACAUCAAGCAAGGCCACCCCGGAAACUUAACCGAUGUUGUAUGUGAGUCCAGGUACUCUGGACUUGCUCCAGCCACUGAUGGGGAAGUUAUUUAUCGAGUGCUACCACCAACUAUGCCAGUUGAUAACCCUUAUUCAGAAAAUGUUCAGAAUCUACUAAAAAUGACUAACUUGAGAAUCAACUUCACUAAGCUGCAUACCCUUGGGGAUGAUUUAUUGGACCAAAGGGAAGAAAUUCAGGAAAAAUACUACUACGCUAUCACAGAUAUGGUUGUAAGAGGAUCAUGUUCUUGCUACGGACACGCUAACAGAUGUCUUCCACUUCGGGGUAUCGAUCCAAAACCAGACAUGGUUCAUGGACACUGUGAAUGUACACACAACACCAAAGGUAGAAAUUGUGAAAAAUGUGAGGAUUUCUUCAAUGAUUUACCUUGGAGGCCUGCCAUUGGAAAGCAAUCUAACGCGUGUAAAAGAUGCAACUGUAAUAAUCAUGCUACCAGCUGUCAUUUUGAUGCUGCCCUCUUUGAAACUAAAGGUCGAGUAAGUGGAGGUGUUUGCGAUGGCUGCCAACAUAAUACCAUGGGCUCAAACUGUGAGCAAUGCAAACCAUUCUUCUAUAAGGACCCUGAAAGGGAUAUUCAAGAUCCAGAAGUAUGUCGACCAUGUGAUUGUGAUCCCCACGGUUCCCUUGAUGAAGGUAUCUGUGAUUCCAUCACUGAUCCAGUUAACAACCUAGUAGCAGGAAGCUGUCACUGUAAAACAAACGUUGAUGGGCGCAGAUGCGAUCAAUGUAAAAACGGUUUUUGGAACUUCACAGAGCAAAACCUGGAUGGUUGUCAAGCAUGUACCUGCAACACCUUGGGAACCAUCGACAAUCAAGGAUGCAAUGUAUAUACUGGCGAAUGUACUUGUAAAAGAUACGUUACUGGAAGAGAUUGUUUCCAAUGUUUACCACAAUAUUGGGGCUUAUCCGAAAAACAAGAUGGAUGCCAAUCAUGUGAUUGUGAUCCAGGUGGUGCCUAUGAUAAUUUCUGUGAUGUUAUUACUGGUCAGUGUAGAUGCAGAGAUCAUAUGACUGGCAGAACUUGUGAUACACCCAAACAACAAUAUUUUACUGCCAGUCUUGAUUUUCUUUUAUAUGAAGCUGAAGCUAGCAACACUAGUGGACAAGUUGUGAUAAGAGCACCUUAUAGAGAUGGUAGAGAUAAUUUAUGGACAGGCAUAGGACUUGUUAAAGUUUAUAGUGGAGAUUAUAUGGAAGUUUACGUCAAUGAAAUUAAGACUUCGAUGGACUACGAUAUAAUAGUGAAGUAUGAGCCUUCAUCUCCAGAAAGUUUGGAUGAUGUUUUGGUGACAAUAGUUAGACCUGACAACGUAGAUCCCAAUGGUCCUUGUGCUGAUAUAAAUCCUGCAGAUGAUAUUAAACAUACUACUCUUCCAGCCAAUCAAAGACAACAAACAGUGCGUCCUCCAGUUUGUUUAGAGGCGAAUAAGGGCUAUACUAUUCGUAUAGAUUUCAGCACAAGUUAUAACUAUCCCACACAUCGCCCUACAGCAUCUGUAUUGAUAGAUGCCAUUUGGCUUCAGCCUAGAAUUGAAAGUAUCCCAUUCUUCCAAACUGGUGCCGGCCAACAAAAAUUAGACGAAUUUAAACGCUAUAACUGUGGAAAUCCCGCAUUAUUUAGAAAAGGAGCUAUUGUACCAGAAGUUUGUAAGAAAUAUCACACAAGCAUAGGUGCUAUUGUUUUUGAUGGUGCAAGCUAUUGCGAUUGUGACCCAACCGGAGCUAUAAGUAAAAUUUGUGAUGACCGUGGGGGUUACUGUGCUUGCAAACCUAAUGUGGUUGGUAGGAAAUGUGAUCAGUGUGCCCAAGAAACCUAUGAUUUUGGCCCAGAAGGAUGCAGAACUUGUGACUGUAAUAGUAUAGGCGCUCUUGACAAUUUCUGUAAUGUUACUACUGGUCAAUGUAAAUGCAGGGCUAAUACCUAUGGUAGAGAGUGUGAUCAAUGCAGAGUUGGAUUCUGGAACUUUCCCAACUGCGAAAGAUGUGACUGCAAUGGCCAUGCAGAUUUAUGUGAAACACGUACUGGCUUGUGUCUCAACUGCAGGGACAAUACUACCAAUGACCAUUGUGAUACUUGCGUCGAAGGAUUUUAUGGUGACCCAAGAUUGGGUGUUGAUAUUCCAUGUAGAUCUUGCCCCUGCCCUGGUCCAAUGGGAUCUAAUCAUUCAUAUGCUGAUAGAUGCGCUUUGGAUCCACAAACUAAAGAUGUUAUAUGUGAAUGCCAAGAAGGUUACGCAGGAGCUAAAUGCGAUAUCUGCUUUGAUAAUUAUUAUGGAAAUCCGGAAAUUCCUGGAGGAUCCUGUCAACCUUGUGAAUGUAAUGAUAAGAUAGACUUAUCACAACCUGGAAAUUGCGAUCCUCAUACUGGCAAAUGCCUCAAGUGUCUGUUUGACACAACAGGAGAUCAUUGUGAAAUUUGUAGGGAUGGAUACUUCCGAUUUGCUGACAACAUGCCUUGUCAAGAAUGCAUAUGUGAUAUACUCGGAACUAACUUCACAUCAGGACCUUGUAACCCAAAUGGCGGCCACUGUCGAUGUUUCCCACAUGUCACAGGAAUGCAUUGUGAUGAAUGUGAGCAAGAUCACUGGAAAAUUGCUAGUGGAAAAGGAUGUGAAGCGUGCAGUUGUGAUGAGUUCGGAUCAAAAAACACCCAAUGUAAUUUGUUUGAUGGACAAUGUGAAUGUAGGCCUGGAUUUGGAGGCAGACAAUGUAAUGAAUGCAUGCCCGGAUUCUAUGGUGACCCAAAAAGUGAAUGUAUACCCUGUGAAUGUGAUUCCUUCGGCUCUAAAAAUGAACAAUGUGACAUGCGUACUGGUGCCUGCAUUUGCAAACCUGGCGUUGGAGGUCAUAAAUGUGACAGCUGUGAAAGAGGAUUUAUUGGUAGCGUUCCAGAAUGUCUUACCUGCGGUGAAUGUUUCGAUAACUGGGACAGGAUAUUACAGAAAAGCAAAAAUGAAACUCUCGAUAUUAUCAAUAGAGCUGGCGACAUCAAGAAAGUUGGUGCUACAGGAGCUUACACCAAAGAAUUUGAUGAAAUGAAAGGCCGUUUGGAUGAAAUUAAAGAGCUUUUGAAUAAUACCAAUGAAAUAGAUGUAGAUGCUAUUGAAGAAGAGUUUCAAGUACUCCGAAGUCAAAUUAAUGAAAAAGAAAAUGAAAAGUUGAAAACUUUAGAUAACAACCUGGCGAACAUUAAGCAGAAUAUAUUGCUUACUGAUAGGAAGGUUAGGGGUUUUAAUGAGAGUAUUGAAGAACUAAAAAGGCGCACUAAAGAGUUGGAAAAUAACGGAACUAAGUUGCAAGAAGCUAAUGUUUUAGGAGCCUUAACCCUGAUUAAUGAAGCUAAAGAUAAGGCAGACAGAGCAGCUCAUAGAGCAGAACAUUCCAAGCAAGAUAUAAAUUAUGCUGAAAAUCAAUGCAGGGCUACUGAAACGUUUAUUAAUCAAACUAAAGAAGCUUACAUAAGACAAUCUGAAGAUAAUGAUAACCAAUUACAGAAUAUACGCCAAAAAUUAGAUGAAUUAAAUGCACAAAUUCCUACCCUAAACGAUCUAGUUUGUGAUGGUGCGGGUAAUCCGUGCGAUUCCAUCUGUGGAGGUGCUGGCUGUAACAGCUGCGGAAAUUCAAUUUCUUGUGAAGAUGGUGCAAAGCAGUUAGCUGAAGCAGCUACAAAUUUGGCCAAGAAAACAGAAACAGCAAUUAAAGAAAAAGAAACAGCAGCUAAUGAUUUAAUACGUAACGUUUCUCAAAUAAAUACAAACGAAACUCUUACUUUAGCUAAAGAAACAUAUGAUUAUAUUAACCAAAUGCUUCUGGCCUCCAACAGCUCUCUUGAGAAAGCUGCUUUGGUUAUGAAAGAAAUGCGCGAGUUUAUGGGGCAAAAUAAUACCAAGCCAGAGGAAAUAAAAAAACUCGCUGAAGAAGUUUUGAAGAAAAGUGUGCAUAAAACAGAAGACGAAGUUAGACAAUUGGCUGAUGAUAUCACAGAAGCUUUGCAACGACUCAAAAAUACAGAACAUAUUAUUCAGGAAACAAGAAAUGAUUUGAAAAAGGUCAACGAGCUCAAGGACAAUGCAGAGUAUGCUAAAUCUAAUGCAACUAAACUGUUGACUGAUGCUGAAGCAGUAAACCAAUCUCUUACCAAAACUCAGGAUGCUCAAUCAGAAGCAGAAGAAGCAAUUGAAAAGGCUUGGAGUGACUAUGAUGCUACAAUGAAUAUUUUAAAUGAGAUCGGAAACAAGACCAAGGAAGCUGCAGGCAAUGAUAUUAAAAGAAAACUAGAAGACCUCCAAGCGAACAUCAUAGCCCUGCAAAAGAACAUCACUGAGAACGAAAACUCAGCUAACAGAACAAUUGAAGAAUCUGUAAAUACUUUGAAGAAAGCUGAGAAAACUUGGGCAGAUUCUAAGCAACUCCAAGAUGAUUACAAAAAUGCAAGAGAUCAUUUAGGCCAAACGUUAAAUAAGGUUGACAAGUCGAAGGAAAGAGCAAAGAAUUUAUCAAAAAAAGCUUUAGAUUUAGUUGAGAAAGUUACAGAUAAUCGAAACAAGAUAAGGGAAUUACAGGAAAGUGAUCAAGACGCAGAGUUGAUGAAGUUGGAAAAUCAGCUCAAAGAUCUGAUUGACAAAAUGACGCGUUAUACGGCAAGGCUAGAAGAUAGAGUGGAACAUUACAAGACAUGUUAAAUUAAAAACUACUAACAAAUAUUUUUUCACUGCCUUAAAAUUUAUUUUUAUAGUCACUUUUAGAGGAAUCAAGUUCUUGUAUAAUAUAAAUUUUCAAAGAAAACAAUUAAUGUGGAAAUUUAGAAAAUUUUCUGUUUUCUUUUAAAAUGUAUUUUCAUCAAAGUAUCGGCUAAAUCUUGUAUAUAAUUUUUUUUAAUACAAAAAACCAUUGUAUCUACUACUGUGAUAUUUAAUGCAAUAAAACUACGUUCGAAAUUUUAUCAAAUAAUUAUUUUUUGAAAUAGUUGCUACAACUUGCAUACAAAACUAUUGGUUCCCUAAAAAGAAUGAUAACCGAAAGACCUGUAAAUAUGCUCUAGGUAAUUUAUUAACUUUUCUAUUCAAUUUAUAGUCUCGCAUAUUUUGUUAAUUCAUAAUUACCUAUGAUUGUAUAUAAGCAUAAGUAAAGUCAGUUGUGUGGACUGGCAAUUUUUUUUACGUUUAUAUUAAUAUUAAAACCAUUGUUACCUGUCUCUUAAUUUUUGGGUGUUUUAAUUUGUAUUACUGCUAAUUUGUAAAUAGCAAUAAAUUAUUAGGAA